AAACAAAAAAAAAAAAAAAAGAAAAAGAGAGAGAAGAAAAAGAGAAAGAGAAGAAAAAGAGAAAAGAGAAAACAGAAAAGAGAAAAGGAAAAGCGAUGUUUCCAAAUACGUUAAAACAAAAUUCUUUUCUUGUGAGAGGGGUUUUUAUUUUCUUGCGGGUUCCACACCUUUCCUCUCUCUCUCUCUCUCUCUCUCUUAGGGUUUCCCGGUUGCAAGUCGAUUCCUUAGCGCUCGCAGUAUCAUCAAUCUACUGAAUCGACUGUUUGCUCCAAGAUUUCUCCAUUUUCUUCUGGAUUUAGAGCUCAUAGUUUGAUUCAAAAUGGAAGGUGGAGGCAAUUUGGAUGUGCAAAUAGAGUCCCUCUUGAAUGUGGAGAAGCAAAUGAGGCUAGCCGGAGAUGUCUCGGGCACGAAGAAGGCUGUGACGGACAUUCUUCAACUCUGCUUCGAGGCUAGAGCGUGGAAGACCCUCAAUGACCAGAUUGCUUUGUUGUCCAAGCGGCGGGGUCAGCUCAAGCAGGCCGUUACUGCAAUGGUUCAGCAAGCUAUGCAAUAUAUUGAUGAGACACCAGAUAUUGAGACUUGUAUAGAGCUCAUUAAAACGCUUAAUAGUGUUUCUGCAGGAAAGAUAUAUGUCGAAAUUGAAAGGGCUAGGCUGAUAAAGAAGCUUGCAAAGAUUAAAGAAGAACAGGGACAAAUAGCUGAAGCUGCAGAUUUGAUGCAAGAAAUUGCGGUGGAAACAUUUGGUGCUAUGGCAAAAACUGAGAAAAUAGCAUUUAUUCUCGAUCAAGUUCGUUUGUGUCUAGAUCGCCAGGAUUAUGUUCGUGCACAAAUUCUCUCAAGGAAGAUUAGUCCAAGAGUUUUUGAUGCUGAUAUUUCAAAAGAAAAGAAAAAACCUAAAGAAGGUGAUAGUGUUGUGGAAGAGGCUCCUGUUGAUAUACCCUCAUUGUUGGAGUUGAAGCGAAUCUACUACGAACUUAUGAUACGGUACCACUCACAUCACAAUGAUUACCUUGAAAUAUGUCGUAGCUAUAAGGCAAUAUAUGAGAUCCCAUCCAUCAAGGAAAACCCAGCCCAGUGGAUACCAGUCCUGAGGAAAAUCUGCUGGUAUCUAGUUUUAUCUCCUCAUGAUCCAAUGCAGUCUAGCCUUCUGAACUCCACCUUGGAGGAUAAGAAUCUCUCUGAAAUUCCGAAUUUUAGAUUGCUGUUGAAACAAUUGGUUACAAUGGAAGUCAUCCAGUGGACAACUCUUUGGGCAAUAUACAAGGAUGAAUUUGAGAGUGAGAAGAACAUGCUUGGAGGCUCAUUGGUGGACAAAGCAGCAGAAGAUCUAAGGCAGAGAAUUAUUGAACAUAAUAUCCUUGUUGUUUCAAAGUACUACUCAAGGAUUACCUUGAAGAGACUCGCAGAACUGUUGUGUUUGAGUAUCCAGGAAGCUGAGAAGCAUCUUUCAGAUAUGGUUGUAUCUAAGGCGCUGGUGGCAAAGAUUGACAGGCCAAUGGGAAUAGUCUGUUUCCAGGCAGCAAAAGACAGCAAUGACAUUCUGAAUUCAUGGGCAAUGAACUUGGAGAAGUUGCUUGAUCUUGUUGAGAAGAGUUGCCACCAAAUCCACAAGGAAAUCAUGGUUCACAAGCCUGUUUUGAAAGUUUGAAAAUUCAAGACAUGAAGUGCAGGUUGGCCUCUAUCCAGCUGUGUUUUGUGGAUGCGUUGAUCCCAUCAAUAUUACUGAUAGCCUUCAACCGAUCAGUGUUCUGGCAUGCAUUCAUCAGAUUUUUUUCCCAUAGUUCUUUCAUUGCAGGUCAAGAAUGGAAAGUUGGAAUAUGUGGUCUAAAAUGGACAAACGAAUGUUGUAUACUACCAGCACGUAGUUUGGCUUCCCCACUAUUGACAAUAUCCUGAACGGGGCUUGUUUUUAUGUUGGGAAGAAAAAAUCAUUGUUCUGCAUGCUCUAUUCUUUGACCUCCUUAGGAUCGCUUGCUUCAUUUGGUUUCUUCCUCCAAUCUCAUGUGCUUUGUACUGUCUACAUUUUUUUUUUUUUUAAAAAAAUUUUUAUAAAGCUUUAUUUUUGCACUGAUGAUGAUUCUGAAAUCAGCAGAAAUGAUUUGAUGCUUGUUGCCUC